GCCAUCACAAACACACUGCCGCUGCACGGAGACACACCAGGAGCCAAUCAGACAGACUUACCUGACGCCAAGAUCUCAUUCUCAAUGUUUGCGAGGAAGCUGAUGCUCAUGGGCGUGCUGGCUCUGUGCUGCACAGAUGCUGAGGACAAGUCUGGACUCUACAGGAGGCCCUCCUGUGUGGGGAUGAGUUUGACUCAGGCUUGUCCUCUGAAUUACUCCCCGGUGUGCGGCAGCAACGGCGUCACCUACCCCAACGAGUGCUCCCUGUGCGUCUACAGACUAGAGACGAGCGCGGACGUCCUGAUCGUGAAGGAUGGACCCUGCUCCGGAUGACACCGUCAAGACGGACUGAUGACCUCUGACCCCUCAUGUCAUCACAUGCAUCACAUGACUGCUUUUUGAAUGUAGCUUCCAGAUGUGAACGUCUGUGCUGAGAUUGCAUUUAUAUUUUCAUAUUUCUGUCACAUUUUUCAACAAUA